CGAGUCAGUCGCACGCGAAACGCCGCCGAAGGCGGUUGAUUUAUAGACACAACUCGACGUCAUCAUGUAUCAGUGGAUCUGGAGCAUCUUGCUCCUGCUUCUCGCGGUUGCAGUGUUCUACGCCGUCACCAUGAACAUCCGGUUUCGCAGCUAUGGUAUCCCGCAGCCAUUGGAGUUACCGUUUAUUGGAUUCUUCGGCCUCGGAUUCAUGACCCGCACGCACAUGUCCGUCGUCUUCAGGAAAGCCUACGACAUGUCCGUUAAAGCCAAGUACAUGGGCGCGCAUAUAUUCACAACGCCCAUAAUCUUGAUUCAUGAUCUGGACCUGAUCAAAAGCGUCUUGGUGAAGAAUUUUGAAAACUUCGCCUACCACAAGACCUUUGUCGACGAAAGCGCUGAUCCACUUUUCGCCAAGAACCUAGUCUUCGCGAACGGCGAACGAUGGCGCAAUAUCCGCACAAUGCUCAGUCCGUCCUUCACCUCUAGCAAGAUGCGUUCCAUGUUUGUCCUGAUGUCGCGUUGUGCUCAGGACUUUGUCGAUCAGUUCAUCGAGCUCUACCAAAGUAAGCCCGAAAUCAAUAUGAAGGACGCGCUGACGAGGUACGCCAACGAUGUGAUAGCCACUUGCGCUUUCGGCCUUGAGGUUAAUAGCUUACGCGAGCCGAAUAACCAAUUUUAUCUCACCGGUAGAAGAGCUACCAAUUUUGCUAGUCUGUCAUUGUUGCUGAAAUUCAUGCUGAUGAGACUUUGUCCGAGUCUUGCAUCGGCUCUGAAAAUAAGAAUCGUUUCUAAAAAGGAUACAGACUUCUUAGUAAACGUAAUCCAGAGUACCAUCAAGGACCGAGACGCAAAAGGCAUCUCUCGUCCAGACAUGCUCCAGCUAAUGAUGGACGCCAGGGGUAAGACUAGUGAGUGUUUGGAUAUGAAUAUCCUUGAAAUGACUGCACAGGCGUUCGUCUUUUUCUUGGGUGGAUUUGAGACCACGUCCACAAAUAUGUGUCUCCUAGCCCACGAGCUCGCUGUCAACCCUGAAAUCCAGAAGAAGGUUCAGGAUGAAAUUGAUCAAGUUAUGGAGCGAUGCAAGGGUGAACUGACCUACGAGGUCGUCAAUAAUAUGGAAUAUUUGGACGCAGUGAUAAGCGAAACACUAAGGAUGCAUCCAGCCUUGACAGCGCUCAGUCGAAUUUGCAACAAGGAAUUCGAGCUGCCACCUGCACUUCCGGGAUCAAAACCCUACCUGGUGAAACCAGGUAUGGAGAUUAUGGUACCGGGGUCAACGAUACAAAGAAAUCCGGAAUAUUACGAAAACCCAGAUCGUUUCAAUCCGGACCGAUUUCUCGGCAAAAAAGCGGCCAACAGCGACGUGACGACUCUGAGUUUCGGACUGGGCCCAAGGAUGUGCAUUGGAAACAGAUUUGCUAUUCUGGAGACCAAGAUUCUAUUUGUGUACUUACUGUCCAGGUGCAGCAUCGAGCCCUCAGAGAAGUCUUCUGUACCACUGGUUUAUGAUCCAACUGUUUUCGGCGCGUCUGCGAAAGGGGGAUUUUGGCUACGAAUCAAAGUGAGAAAAUGAUGGCUACCACGCGAUAAAGUUCGAUUUUAACUCUUUUAAAUAUAUGUACUUAUUAGAGACUUUGUGAUUAGUUUCUUCUCGAACGAAGCAUACGCAAACGUAAAAUUGUACAUACAGCAUGUAAUAUUUAUAUCAACGUGUAUUGUCUUGCGUCAACUUUUUACUGUGAUGAAUAAUUCAUAUCUUGUAAAUGCGCAAUGGAUAUUUGUAAAAUAAUGCAAUUAAAACGUAUUUUUCCACAAAUAUACGAAUACUUUCAUUAAUAAAA